CUAACAGACGAAGGCGACUGAACCCCCCCGUCCGUCCGUGGACUCUAUGGCUCCCGGAAGUGCGGCCUGCAGGUUCCGGUGCGCCCUUUGGCGGGUGUGAGAAUAGCGCGGCGUGAGGGACGGCGCCUUGGCAGGGGAAUGCUGGUGGCCUUGUGAGCCGGCCCGCUUCCGCCAUGUCCGUCGUGCCGCCCAAUCGCUCCCAGACCGGCUGGCCCCGCGGGGUCAACCAGUUCGGGAACAAAUACAUCCAGCAAAGCAAGCCCCUCACCCUCGAGCGGACCAUCAACCUACUCCUGGCCCAAACCUAUAGGCAUGCCUCCUUGUUUUGCAGCACAUGAUUUAUGAUAAGUACCCACUGACAAAUUAUACCUUUGGGACCAAGGAACCCCUCUACGAGAAGGACAGUUCGGUAGCCGCCCGAUUCCAGCGCAUGAGGGAAGAAUUUGACAAGAUUGGGAUGAGGCGGACCGUUGAGGGAGUCCUCAUUGUGCACGAACAUAGAUUGCCUCAUGUGCUGCUCUUGCAGCUGGGCACAACCUUCUUCAAACUGCCAGGUGGUGAACUGAAUCCAGGAGAAGAUGAGGUAGAAGGUCUUAAACGUUUAAUGACAGAGAUACUAGGACGUCAAGAUGGUGUCCUUCAAGACUGGGUCAUUGAUGACUGCAUUGGUAACUGGUGGAGACCGAAUUUUGAGCCCCCACAGUACCCAUAUAUUCCAGCUCAUAUUACAAAACCAAAAGAGCACAAGAAGCUCUUCUUGGUUCAGCUCCAAGAAAAAGCUUUGUUUGCAGUCCCCAAAAACUACAAGCUAGUAGCUGCUCCUUUAUUUGAGCUUUACGACAACGCGCCGGGCUACGGUCCUAUCAUUUCCAGCCUCCCGCAACUUUUGAGCAGGUUCAAUUUUAUUUACAACUGAAUUUCCUGAAGUGUGAGUAGAAGCCGUCUCUGUGAGAACAGCUUUAAAAUGUAGAAGAGAAAAUGUGACGCAAGGAUUUUUUUAAUGUCUCUUUUUCCUUUGAGUUUCCCCCCCCCCUCCCCAACUUUCUACUAUCUGAAUAGGAAAGAGAAUCUUGACUGUUUAGACAAUGGAAUAAGAACUGUAAUUUGCAUUUUAAUCACUUAUAUUGUGAUAGUCACCUGAUUUUUUUUAAAAAUAACAUUAAACAAAAAUGGACUCAGUUGUGCG